CUGACUGCGUCAGACCGGGUCGGGAGAGCGUCUGCGCAUGCGCCAGGCUGAGCGUGUAACCCUGAGAGCAGCACCAUGAAUAUCCGGAACGCACGGCCAGAAGACCUUAUGAAUAUGCAACACUGCAAUCUGCUGUGUUUGCCUGAAAAUUACCAAAUGAAAUAUUACUUUUACCAUGGACUCUCCUGGCCACAGCUGUCUUACAUCGCAGAAGAUGAAAAUGGUAAAAUAGUUGGUUAUGUCCUAGCAAAAAUGGAAGAAGAUCCAGACGAUGUGCCUCAUGGUCAUAUUACUUCUCUGGCAGUGAAACGUUCGCACAGAAGACUUGGCUUGGCUCAAAAGUUGAUGGACCAAGCAUCGCGGGCCAUGAUCGAGAACUUCAAUGCAAAAUAUGUUUCCCUGCAUGUACGCAAAAGCAAUCGAGCAGCUCUGCAUCUAUAUUCCAACACGUUGAACUUCCAAAUAAGCGAGGUGGAGCCAAAAUACUAUGCUGAUGGGGAAGACGCUUAUGCAAUGAAGAGGGAUCUGACCCAAAUGGCUGAUGAGCAAUUAAGAAAGCAUUUGGAAGUCAAAGAUAAGAGUCGUUCCCAGCCGUUAAGUUCGAUUGAGAAUAAGUCUGAUAACCGGUCUGCACAUGUUGGCGAAUGCUGCCGAGAUGAAAAAUGUCUAGGAAAUGCUGUGAAAAAGGAAGGAACGGAGGACAGUGGUGACAGCAAAGACGUCAGCGAAGUUAGCGAGGCCACUGAAAGCACGGAUGUGAAAGACAGCUCUGAGGCUUCUGACUCUGCUUCCUAAAGAGAGACUGAAUUUUUUUUUUUCCGCUACAUCUUAAAUAAAUUCAUCACCCGGGAGGAAUCCUUUUUCUAGACUCCCACACCUUUUGUGGUGUGGGGUUCUAAAUUCAUUCAGUGCUAGCAGGACCUGACUUUGGGAGACCCCCAUUUGAAGAACCAUUCUGGGAAUUAAAGUAAAAUGAAGUGCCCUCGUUUUAAUUUUGAGUCCUACAUUACCACCUUUACAGCUAGUGGUGUUCUUAUUUCUGACACCAAUUUUAGCAGUGCUGGUGUUUUUAUUGUAUCCAUAUCAGAUAUGAGGUUGACAACUUUGGCUAAUCGUGUAGGGUUAUAGAAGUAAAUGUGGUAUAAAUAUUGCUUUUCCAGUGAAAGAAAGUUUAGAUAAUUUAGAAUGUCUAUCCGGACCUUGUGGGAGAAAUUGGGAAUUUCAAGAGGAAUUGUCACUACUCUGGAGCUGACAUCAUUGAAUAAAAUGCAGAAAAUUGCCUAUAACUCGUGUUAACAUCCUUGUCAUGAGUUGAUCCACUUUAUAUUAAAGAUUUAGAAAAGGACAAAAUCCAGUUCAAACAAGGCAAAGCCAGGUUAAACAUUGAAAAUGAAGAGGAGAAGUAUGUCUUUUCUCUGUAUGCUUUGCUGACUGCCAUAUACAAAGAACAGACAUAGGGAGAAGUAAAUAUAUAAAAUCCUAUGAUGUGGCAGUUGUCUUUUGGGGUUUGUGCUUGACAAUGCACGUUACAGAACUGCACAUAUUUUUCUGAUCAACAGCACUUGCAUGGUAUUCUGGCAUCUCUAACACCAAGAUAAGUUACAAUCUGCCUUAAAGACUUGAAUAUGAGAUUGGGGUAGAGUUCUUAUUUUAUCACUUUAACUCUAUGUAGCAAAAUUAUCUGUGAACUUCAAAUACAAUAUGUCAACUGUUAAAACACGCUUUCUUUUACAGAAAGUGAAAACGUCUCAUAGGAAAUAAUAAAACCAAGUAUACUGCAA